GAGGACUGCCGAGGAAGAGGAGUGAUGAGAAGAGGGGGAACCCUGCAGCCCCCGAGACCACGGGCCCCUGCUGCCACUCGCCAGGCGCCCCCCUUCCUCCUAAGCGAGGGGCAGGUGUUCCACACAGGUUCUUGUGACUUGAAGGACCAGGGAUUCGGGGAGGUUCAAGGUCUUCCCAGAAAGGAGGGAAAUCUCUGGAAGAAAAGUGAAAGACGGCAGACACUGCCCCAGGACCAGCAGAACCCGAGCAGCUGUGGGAAGCUGACGGACCCCAGCCAGCGGUGUGGGAAGAAGCCACAGCCCCAGGCCCAGGCUGCCUUCUGAAAGAAUUGAACACAAACUACUUUUCAUGAAAGAAGGGCCACCUCAGAGGUUACCCCAGAUUUGGCUAGGCUCUUCCACUCUGAAUGUCCCUGUUCUGAGGAGCCUGCUGCUAAGAACCAAAGAAGAUAAGAGGCCAGAUUAAUUUUCCCCCAGCCCAGCGUUGGACAACAGGAGUCAGGCGUCUGCACCCCUAGUGGCUGGCUGCGGGGUCUGGUGAGGAGUUUCUGGUUCCCUCCAGCUUGCGGCUUCAGUGCUUGAUGGGGCUGCCUGUUGGUAGAUCAGUUUUUGCAGCACCUGGUAGGAGCGGAGAGCCGUGGGAAGAGGUCCUGCGGCGCCCAAGCCUGGGUUCACCCCAAGACUAAGUUCUUUCCCGAGUUAGAGAGGGAGAGAGAAAGAAAAAAAGAGAGAAAGAAAGAAAAGUUUCCCCCUUCCCGUUUUCCCUUCCCGUCAUGUCCUCUAAGUUGGAGCUGAAGGACAUCCACCAGCUGAACGGGACUGGCCCUGCUGCUUCACCCUGCUCUUCAGAUGGCCCUGGGCGAGAGCCCUUGGCAGGGACCUCCGAGUUCCUGGGGCCUGAUGGGGCUGGGGUAGAGGUGGUGGUGAUUGAGUCUCGGGCCAACGCCAAGGGGGUUCGGGAGGAGGACGCCCUGCUGGAGAAUGGGAGCCAGAGCAAUGAAAGUGACGACGUCAGCACAGACCAUGGCCCCGCACCACCCUCCCCACUCAAGGAGACCUCCUUUUCCAUCGGGCUGCAAGUGCUGUUUCCCUUCCUCCUGGCAGGCUUUGGGACUGUGGCUGCAGGCAUGGUGCUGGACAUCGUGCAGCACUGGGAAGUCUUCCAGAAGGUGACAGAAGUCUUCAUCCUGGUGCCUGCACUGCUGGGGCUCAAGGGGAACCUGGAAAUGACCCUGGCAUCGAGGCUGUCCACCGCGGCCAACAUCGGGCACAUGGACACACCCAAGGAGCUCUGGCGGAUGAUCACUGGGAACAUGGCCCUCAUUCAGGUGCAGGCCACAGUGGUGGGCUUCCUGGCAUCCAUUGCAGCUGUCGUCUUUGGCUGGAUCCCUGACGGCCACUUCAGUAUCCCGCAUGCCUUCCUGCUGUGUGCCAGCAGCGUGGCCACGGCCUUCAUUGCCUCCCUGGUACUGGGUAUGAUCAUGAUUGGGGUCAUCAUUGGCUCUCGAAAGAUUGGAAUCAACCCAGACAAUGUGGCCACUCCCAUUGCUGCCAGCCUGGGUGACCUCAUUACCUUGGCCCUGCUUUCAGGCAUCAGCUGGGGACUCUACCUGGAGCUGGAUGACUGGCAAUACAUCUACCCCCUGGUGUGUGCCUUCUUCGUGGCCCUGCUACCUGUCUGGGUGGUGCUGGCCCGACGGAGCCCAGCCACAAGGGAGGUGCUGUACUCGGGCUGGGAGCCUGUCAUCAUUGCCAUGGCCAUCAGCAGUGUGGGAGGCCUCAUCUUGGACAAGACUGUCUCAGACCCCAACUUUGCAGGGAUGGCUGUCUUCACACCUGUGAUUAAUGGUGUUGGGGGCAAUCUGGUGGCAGUGCAGGCCAGCCGCAUCUCCACCUUCCUCCACAUGAAUGGAAUGCCCGGGGAGAACUCUGAGCAAGCCCCUCGCCGCUGCCCCAGCCCGUGUACCACCUUCUUCAGUCCUGAUGUGAAUUCUCGCUCGGCCCGGGUCCUCUUCCUGCUCGUGGUUCCAGGACACCUGGUGUUCCUCUACACCAUCAGCUGUAUGCAGGGAGGGCAUACCACACUCACACUCAUCUUCAUCGUCUUCUACAUGACAGCUGCACUGCUCCAGGUGCUGAUUCUCCUGUACAUCGCUGACUGGAUGGUGCACUGGAUGUGGGGCCGGGGCCUGGACCCGGACAACUUCUCCAUCCCGUACUUGACAGCUCUGGGGGACCUGCUUGGCACUGGGCUCCUAGCACUCAGCUUCCAUGUCCUCUGGCUCAUUGGGGACCGAGACACGGACGUCGGGGACUAGCCUGGUCACUCAACCUUCUCCCCACCCUCCGCACUUUCUUUUUGAAUUUUGUCUUUUGUUUCCCUUUCCCUACCCCACUCCACACUCCCACCUCUUUCUAGGACUUCACUUUGAUACCGAAUUCUCAUUAUUUUCAAUGGGAAUUUUUAUACAUUGAGCCAGAGGGACUGAAACAAGCAGUACAAGUAGAUUUUUGAGACAAUCACCAAGUGCAAUUUCAUGGUGGGUGCCUCCAGUUGAGGUGGAUUGGGGCAGGGUUUUCUGUCGGGGAUCUGGGAACAUGCUUUAGCAAACGAAGUCUUGGCCCUAAUGAGAAACCCUUUGUGAGUGGACUCUGGUGUUUUUUUCUUUUUUUGGUUGAACAGAGGGAUAAAUACCACACACACACACACACACACACAUACACACACACAUGCAUACACUUUUUCUAGAAAUGGACCAACUUCAAGGCAGGAGACAACUGCUCUUGGCUUCGUAUAAUCCUAGCCCUGUUUUCUGCCCUCUGGACCUAGGCCCUUCUGCUUUCAAAAAGAGUAAGAUGGACUGACUGUUAGAAUUGUGCACAUGCCCCUUACCAGUUGCUGGUAAGCACCACCAACCCCUCCCAAUGACCUUUGUGCAAUUGUUGGUCACAUCCAGGGAGAAAUGAGCAGUGGCCUGGUUUCCUUGUUGACCCAUAUUCACCCACACAUUUGCCAAGAUCAAUAUCCUCUCUGGGCCCAGAGGACCAAUUCUUUAUCUCUGUUCAACCAUCAUCUCUGAUGGUCUCUAAGCACUACCUUCCCCAGAGCUUGCCAGGUUGGGUUCCAAGAUUAGGGACGGGAAUGGGUACGUGGAGAAUGGUUGGGGGGUUGAGGGCAACCAGGGGUGUCUCACUGCUGCUGUUUCUCCUGAGGACACAUGGUGACAUCGACUGUCACUUCCUAAAAUCACUCGUUCUGUCAUGUCAUGGAGAUCAGUUGUCCUCUCUCUUGGCUUCUGCCCACAUUCACUGUUCAUUCAUUCAUUCACUCAUUCAUUCAUUCAUUCAGCAAGUAUACAGCACCUCCACAGGCAUGGUCAGAAACAUUCGUGAGUGCCUACUACAUGUUAGGUACUGUCCCAGGCACUGACUAGCCAGUGGUAAGGGAAAUACAGCUCUAACCUCACCUCAUUCCCCAGAAAAAGAAGGCCACGUGCUCCUUUCAAUCUGGCAGAAAAAAAUUGUUCUUGCUAUUUUUGCAUCUGUAUCACCAAGCCAGGUUCUGCCUCUGGAUCUCCCUCCUAGGCCCACCUGACCGAAGCGAGAGCUCUCAGCCCCAUGGACUCAGUGUUCAUUUCUCUAAAUGACCCUUCUGUCCACCACCUCUCCUCACCAGCCACCCAAAAAAAGGAUUCAGAACUAGUAGACUAGACAUCAACUAGCUGCCUCUACAUUUCUCUGCCUAGCACAAGGUUGGGAGAACACUGGAGUCUCUGUAUCUCACCCACAUGUUAUUCUGAACAGAUUGAGAAUCUGUCCACACUUACAUGUGUACAAAUCUGGGUGUUUGGAUGCAGGUUUUUUCUAGCCUCUAUCCACAGCCUUCCCAGAAACCCCCUCUGUCACCUAAGGGACCCACCUCCAGGGAAAGGCCAAGGAACGACCUUGUCUCUUACCAACACCACGCCUUAUCCAGGAACUUACCCUAUACCUCCAGACUCUGUCUUCUCUCUCCCUCUGUUUCCACCCAGGCCACCUAGUGGAGUCUAGAACCUUAGAAUCGGAAGGAAUCGUAGAGGUUAUCUAGUUGGAAUUGUGUCCAACAGAGUUCAUUAACAUCAGCCUGGGCUUGUUUCUGCUCCUCAGGCCUUACAUCUUGUCCCCCACCUCCAAACACAUUUGCACACAGAUUCUUCUUGUACAGGCACCAAAACCAACUCCUCUGUCCCUGAGGCUGUGCCCUGUGAUCCCCAGUCACCUGCCCAGCCACUCACCCUUCCUUAUCUCUGGAGUUCAGCCAGCCUGCCCUGGAAGACUCUGGAGCAUCUUCCUUUGCCAAAAAGGCAGGAAGGUAGGCGUGUCCCCAGCCCUGAGUGCGGGAGCAGAGGGAGGACUGUGAGGUGAGAAAAUGAAGUUGACUUUCAUGGAAGAUUCAUUUCUUCUCCCCUGAUUGUACAAACUGCAUGUACUUUUUCGGCCUGGCUGCAAGGAGCGACAUCGGUUUACUCUUGUAUCCUUAAAAAGUUACAGAACUGUGUCUUAAGAGAAUUAUUUAUAGUUACUAUAACUGAAUUGACAAAUGUCAACAUAACUGAUAAAUUAUAUUUGGUAAAUAAA